CCGGAAGUUGAUCUCAUCCGGGUAACCAACAACCGUGAUGACGUAGAACACGGAAGAAAACAAAAGACCAAAGUAGCUUCAGAGCUUCACGUCGCAGCUCUUCUGCUCCAACAUGUCGGUUUCUAACCCGAGACAGACGUUUUUAAACCCGGCGAUCCCCUUCGCUGGGACGAUCCUGGGUGGUUUGCUGCCGGGGGAGAUGGUUCUGAUUCAGGGCUCAGUACCGUCUGAUGCUGACCGGUUCCAGGUGGACUUCACGUGUGGCAGCAGCGUGACACCGAGGGCCGACGUGGCGUUUCACUUCAACCCGAGGUUCAAAAAGUCGCCGUGUAUCGUCUGCAACUCGCUGCAGAAGGAGCGCUGGGGCCGAGAGGAGAUCCUGUACGUGAAGCCCUUCACUGUCGAGGAGACGUUCGAGCUCAUCAUCCUCGUCCUGAAAAACACGUUUAAGGUGGCGGUGAACGGAGGUCACGUGUUGGAGUAUAAACACAGAGUGGAGCUGGAGCGAGUCGACACCCUGUGCAUAUCUGGAAAGGUCAAAGUUCAAGCUGUCGGCAUCCUCCCCGUGAGCCCUAGCGAAGUUUCUUCUGCAGCCAGUGUGACCAAACAGGAACAACCAGAGACGAAUCAGAAACCUCAUCAGACACCAAUAAUCUCCUCUUCAGGUGACUUGAGUGUUCCCUUCAGAGGUGAGCUGGUUAAAGGACUGAGUGUUGGACGCAGCAUCACUGUUAAAGGAGAAACCAAUCACGACGCACAGAAUUUCGGUGUGAACCUGCGAGUGUCUGGCGGCGGCGACAUCGCUCUUCAUCUGAACCCUCGUCUGAAGGAAGAGGUCUUCGUCAGAAACUCCUUCCGGUCUGAGUGCUGGGGCACCGAGGAGAGAAAGCUGUCCUCCUCCUUCCCCUUCAGUCCGGGACAAUACUUUGAGAUGAUCAUCCUGUGUGAGAGACAGCAGUUCAGAGUUGCCGUCAACGGGCUCCACCAGCUGGACUUCAAACACCGAGCCCAGGACCUGAGCCGCAUCACCCAGCUGGAGGUGCUGGGUGACGUCACGCUGCUGGACGUCAAGAUCCUCUAAAAACCUGGAGCAUCGCUCACUGUGUUCAGGUUGUAAAAUGUAUAUAUUUAUAAUCGUUCAAUAAUUACAUCACAUCCUUUAUAAUCACAGAACAGUGUCAGUAACAUUAACGAACACGAAGAUCAAACAAACUAGUGUAUUUGAUCGUUUUGCGGGCUGUAAAGUCUUUGAAAGGGUUAUCAAGGAUUUUGAUCAUUAACAUGCCUUUAAAUAUUCUAACUUUAAAGCAAUGGCGUAAAAUCUUUUUUUAUAACUGAAAAUGUCUGAACAAAGUUACCAUCCAGAAACAUAUUAAAUAUGAACUAAUGUACUGUUUGUGCUUCUUUAAUUGUUGUUCCUGUUAAUGCACUUUGUGAACAGCUCAAUAAACUAACCAUGUGAACCUUU